GUUGAGGGAAGGGUGAAAGUCCCUAGCGCUAGGGUCUCGAGUGGUAUCAGCCAAUGCACCCACUACACCCACUACACGAGUAGUCUAAAUAUCAGACUGAGUUAUCGUCGUAUAUGGUCGUCGGGGAAGCUGGUCUUCUCUGUGUCAUGUUCUUUGAGAGCAGGGCUUGUGCCCUUCACGAAUAAAAUUUCAUAUUACUACAACUGA